AUGAAGGUCUACGUGUACGGGCAGAUACACAAUCCAAGCCUUCGUGACCAAGCAAUCGGCCACGCCAUCGCGGAACGUUCGUCAGACACGUGCCAGACACGACGUCUCAGCUUUCGACACGUCCUCUCCCACGUGACACGUCUUCUCCUAUAUAAGGAUCUCGGCACCGCCUUUGGCAUCUCUUGGAGACCAAGAAACAUCUGGAAACCACGAAGGAAGAGAUCGCGGGCCCUAAACCAAGAGGAAGCUCGACAGAUGGGGGUGAUGACGAUGGUGGAGUCCGAUAGGAGGAGUAGAGUACGCAGAGGGAGGAAUGGUUCUAGUUCUGUGGCAGAAACCAUUGCUUGGUGGAGGGAGCGUAAUAGGCAGCUCAAAUGUUCCGUAGACACCGAAAAGCGAGUUAGGAGACCACCUGCCAAAGGAUCAAAGAAAGGUUGCAUGCGAGGCAAAGGAGGGCCAGAGAAUCCUAACUGCAGAUAUCGUGGUGUAAGACAGCGCACCUGGGGCAAGUGGGUCGCUGAGAUCCGAGAACCAAACCGAGGUAGCCGCCUUUGGUUGGGAACUUUCCCCACUGCCUUCCAAGCCGCUCUCGCCUACGAUGAUGCUGCGAGAGCCAUGUAUGGAACCAUGGCUCGUCUCAAUCUGCCUGCUAUGACGAGGGGGUUGUGUGGGUCGACUUCGACCUCGUAUAACUCAGAAGAUGUUGAUGCGUCCGUAUCGUGUGACUUUGGCAUCAAAACUCCAAGGGUUGAUGCUGGCUCUGAAACUGUAGAUGCACCUCGUACCUGGGCGGACAACAUCAAGCAUCCGAAGAUUGAACUGAAAGAAGAUGUGGCAUCUGAUAUGUGGCCAUCUUCAGCAGCCGAUGCUCCAGAGACUCAGUCGACUGAGGCGAGCGUGGAUCUUCUUCUUUGUCAAUCACCACGGGAGGAUGAAUUCUCCGUGGAAGAGAUGCUGAGAAUGAUGGGGACGGAUACAGACAAUGGUGCUCCCGAUCAGUUUGGUGCUGUUGCGGCGGACACAGGCUGGCAAUGCAUGAUUCCUGCAGACGUUGGGCUGGACUUGCAAAGUCCGGAUGGUACGGUGUUAGGGCCAUUAUGGGGCACGGAGCAAAAUCCUCCUUUGGAAUUUGAUUGUUGUGAUAGUCUCCAAAGGCCGUUGGGUGAUGAUUGGGAGUAUGGGCCUGGAGAAUUUGGAAUGCUCGACGCUGACAUCCUUUCGAGCCCCAUAAAUUGAUAUUUCAGUCAAAAGAUCGAUGGUUGUCGUCGUCGUAUGGUUGUUUUUUUCUUUUCUUUUCUUUUGAUGUCCAUGUAAUCUUCUUUCGUUUGUGUGUAAUGAUGUUUGUUUGUUUGUGUUUUUUUCUUUUGUAAUCCAUGGUAUGAAAGUAAAGAAAGCCUUCUGUUUCGAUGAGCUUUAGACACCAUGCAAUUUUACUGCAGCUCUGACUUAGUGUUUCAAUGUUAGAGGUAGCUUUGCGUCCUCACUUUGGACAGAUUGUCGUCGUCGGCGGCUGAUGGAUACCGUGCUGAUCCCAGACUUCGGAUGUUUAACUGAUUUGGAGGCUCUGGGACGGAGAAUUGCAUCCAGCGGGCUGUUUGGAUGGUGGUUUUAACGAGUUCGUUAAACGGGUGAGGAAGGGAUUUAGGGCUUUGCAUUUGAGGUCCGGCUCCUCCUCGUGCCAAGGCGUUCGGGCGAGCAUGAGCAGGCAGGCCGUGCCGUGGCUUCAGCGCGACGCCCCGACCUGCCUCGUCGGAGAUCGCGGCCCCACAUGACCAGCUUUACGCCGGCUCGCCUUUCGACCACGUCGUUCGGCUCCUUCGACCGAUCUGGCCGCCGUGCUUGCCCAGCUCCAGCGCCAAGAUCGUUGGUUUCCUCUCCAAGAAGGCAUCUUGAGCUUUGUGUGCCUGCAGGUAGGUCUUUGUUCGGAGAUGCUGUUUAUCUAACCUUGGCCACAAGGGUAGGUGGUGGUGGUGGAGAUAAGUUUGAAUCUCUUAAGCUUGAAAGGAAGCAUCCUUGGAGACCACACAAAACCAGUGAGCGUCUUCAUCCUAAGAUACCUCUGAAACUUAAUUCUGCAUAUGCUAUUCAUUCAGAAUUGGCACGCGUGUCUUACUUGUUAAGUUUCCAACUUAUUUCCUACAAGUAAUUCUAACCUAUGUAUCUGCGCAAGUUAGGAUUAUAUUCUUGAUUGA